CUCUGCUCAGCCUCAGCGUCUAUCAGUGUCACUUACCGUUGUUGGACGGGUUGUGGAGUUUAAUUUUAAGUUUUUUGGGCAGGUGACAGGGGUCGGAAACAGGCAUGGCUGGCGCAGCGGUACCGAAGCGGCAGGACACCCGGAAAUUUUUCGAGAAUCUGUCCGGAGCUGGUAAAUCCAUCGGAGUGCUGACCAGCGGAGGAGAUGCCCAAGGUAUGAAUGCAGCGGUCCGGGCUGUAGUCCGAAUGGGCAUCUACGUGGGAGCAAAGGUCUACUUCAUCCACGAGGGGUACCAGGGGAUGGUGGAUGGAGGAGACAACAUCAAAGAGGCAACGUGGGAAAGCGUCUCCAGCAUGUUGCAAGUGGGUGGCACAGUCAUCGGCAGCGCCCGCUGUAAAGAGUUUCGUGCCCGCGAGGGCCGCCUGAAAGCCGCGCAAAACCUUGUGAAGCGCAGCAUCACCAACCUGUGUGUGAUUGGUGGAGACGGCAGCCUGACCGGAGCCAACCUGUUCAGAGAGGAGUGGAGCGGCCUGUUGGAGGAGCUCGUCCAACAAGGUGUGAUCGAUAAGGAGGCAGCCUGCAGUAACUCUGUGCUCCACAUUGUUGGCAUGGUCGGCUCCAUCGACAACGACUUCUGCGGCACCGACAUGACCAUCGGCACUGACUCGGCACUGCACAGGAUCAUCGAGGUGGUGGACGCCAUCAUGACCACUGCUCAGAGCCAUCAGAGGACAUUUGUGCUGGAGGUCAUGGGCAGGCACUGCGGAUAUCUGGCCAUGGUCAGUGCCCUGGCAUGCGGAGCAGACUGGGUGUUUAUCCCUGAAAUGCCUCCUGAGGAUGGCUGGGAGGAUAGCAUGUGUCAGAAACUGUCUGAGAACCGUGCUGAUAAGAAAAGGCUCAACAUUAUUAUUGUAGCUGAGGGUGCCAUAGAUUGCCACAACAAGGCAAUUACUCCUGAUUAUAUCAAGGAUCUGGUGGUACGUAACCUGGGUUUUGACACCAGGGUCACCAUCCUGGGCCACGUGCAGAGAGGUGGGACCCCCUCUGCCUUUGACAGGAUCCUGGCCAGUCGCAUGGGCGUGGAGGCAGUGCUGGCGCUACUGGAGGCCUCUGCCACUACCCCAGCCUGCGUUGUGUCUCUGGUUGGAAACCAGGCUGUUCGACUACCACUUAUGGAGUGUGUUCAGAUGACUCAAGAGGUGCAAAAGGCCAUGGAUGAGAAGAAAUUUGAAGAGGCAGUGAGACUGCGUGGCAGGAGCUUUGAGAACAAUCUGACCACCUACAGACUCCUCUCCUACCGGAAAGCAGACUCUGAACUUCCAAAUAGCUCCUUUAAUGUUGCGGUGCUGAACGUCGGUGCACCGGCAGCAGGUAUGAACGCUGCCGUACGUUCUGCUGUUAGAGUGGGAAUCACUGAAGGCCACAAAAUGUUUGCUGUCAGUGACGGCUUUGAGGGAUUCUACAAGGGACAGAUCAAGGAGAUCAAAUGGGGAGAUGUCGGCGGUUGGACUGGCCAGGGAGGGUCACUGCUGGGGACAAAACGAACUCUUCCAGGCAAACAUUUGGAUAAGAUUGCUGAGCAGAUUAGGAUCCAUAACAUCAACGCCCUGCUUGUCAUCGGAGGAUUUGAGGCCCUUGAGUGUCUGCUGCAGCUGUACGAGGCCCGGGCCGACUACGAGGAGUUGUGUAUCCCGAUGUGCAUGCUGCCUGCCACCAUUAGUAACAAUGUUCCCGGCACUGACCUCAGUCUCGGCGCUGACACAUCCCUCAACGCCAUUGUGGAGACAUGUGAUCGCAUCAAGCAGUCAGCCAGUGGAACCAAGAGGCGAGUGUUCAUCAUUGAGACCAUGGGCGGCUACUGUGGCUAUUUGGCCACCGUGGGUGGUCUGGCUGCAGGCGCUGACACGGUCUACAUCUACGAGGAGCCGUUUGACAUCCGAGACCUGCAGGCCAACGUGGAGCAUCUGACUCAGAAGAUGAAGACGAGCAUCCAGAGAGGCUUGGUGCUCAGAAAUGAGAAUUCAAAUGAGAACUACACCACUGACUUCAUCUACCAGCUGUACUCUGAGGAGGGACGGGGAGUGUUUGACUGCAGGAAGAACAUCCUUGGUCAUAUGCAGCAGGGAGGAUCUCCAUCACCUUUUGAUAGGAACUUUGGCACUAAAAUUGCCGCUAAAGCCAUGCAAUGGAUAACACGGACACUCAAGGAGUCGUAUAAAGGAGGACGGGUGUUUGCUAACUCCGAGGACACUGCCUGCCUGUUGGGGAUGCGUCGCAGAGCUAUGGUCUUUCAGCCAGUGUCACAGCUCCGGGAGGAGACCGAUUUUAUGUAAGAAACAUUUUCAAAU